CUCCACAUUACUCGUCACACAAAACCAAAAUCCUUUGCACUUCUUCUUUGCAAUAUCACAAGGAAGUCUUGCAAAACCUAAAUAAAAAAAAAAAACAAAUCCGAAAACUAGGAAAUGGAAUCGACAUUGAAGAUGAGAGUGUUCGUUGCAAUGAUCUUCAUGGUCAUGGCUGCUUCAGCUGUCCAGAAUGUUGCAGCUGCUGAUGCACCUGCUCCCAGCCCUGUCUCUGAUGCUGGUGCUGUCGUUCCUGCUGUUUUUGCUUCAUUAACAGCCCUUGUUUUUGGAUUUCUUUUAUAGACCUGUUGCUUAUGAUGAUGAUUUGUAGAUCAUAGAAAAAAGACUUAUUUCUCAUUCUCACAAUGUCCCUCCCAACUUGUUGGUGGUUGAUACAUUGUGAUUUUUUGAGAUGGUUACGAUUCAAUUUGUUUUGUGUGAAAUUUCUUGGAUUCUUGUGAUACCAAUUUGAUGUAAACAUGAAAUUAUAUUAAUGAAAUUGGUUAAUUUUUCUAUAAA